UGGAAACGCGUCAUUUCAGGUGGUUCUAAAUGCUGAUACUACGGCCUGAAAAAUUGGAUCUUAUUACAGAAAUAAAUUUUUUUGCUCAUAGGUAUAACUGAACAAUGUAGAUCCAAACUUCACAAAAUUAAAUUAUCAUUCAGGUUUGUUGAACGUCAAGCAGAAAAUCACCGAUUGAUUGGUACAACUUUGGCUCUCACGCAAGGAUUGUUCCAGAGGACGAUGGCCACCAUUGUGUGUCUACAAGAUCUAGUCUUCAACAUUGAUUGUUUAUGAACGUAAAACUUCUUAUUAAGUAGGUUUUAGAGUAAUUUUUUUGAAUCAUCUGUGGAAACUUUUUUGUUAUUUCAGAAGUGGAGCCAAUCAUUUAUUAUCUGCAUGUUUAAAACAAUCCUAGAUUUCCACCGCAUCCCAGAAGGUAAAUGCGGAAAUGAUUUCCCUGGUUGUGACCGGUCGAUUUAUCGAUGAUCACAUUAACGACGGUCGGUAUGCACCCCUAAGUCCAAGGAAGUUUUCAGGUGCUGGCAGUUCAAAAAACCGAUUGACGGGCCCAGUUCUCUACGCCCAGUGAGAGGGCGUCAAGCUCGCGGGACGUUGCUUCACCAACUCUUGUCAUUCAUUACAUGGCUUAUAAUACUGAUACCAAUCGCGAGUUGUCAAAGUCGUGAUUUAGUGGCAAUUAGUUUAUUAGGUAUCUCUGAUUUAGCAAAAUGGGUAUAUUUUUCUCAAAGAAAAAACCGCAGAGUCGAGUCACUGAGCAAGACAAGGCUGUCCUGCAACUGAAACAAACAAGGGACAAGAUAAAGCAAUACCAACGACGCAUCGAACAAAGUAUUGAAAAGGAGCGACAGAUAGCGAAAAAAUUAAUUCAUGAUGGAAAGAAAGACCGAGCUUUGUUAUUGCUUCGAAAAAAGAAAUUCCAAGAGCAGUUACUAACAAAGACCGACGGUCAGUUAGAAAAUUUGGAGCACAUGGUCCAUGAUUUAGAAUUUGCACAAGUGGAAAUUAAGGUGAUAGAUGGGCUCAAAGUUGGAAAUACUGCUCUGAAAAAACUUCACGAUAUCCUGUCAAUCGAUGACAUCGAGAGGGUCUUAGAUGAGACUAGGGAAGGAAUUGAAAAACAAAAGGAGAUAGAUGACGUACUGACUGGAAUCAUGACCGAUGAGGAUGAGAGCGAGGCUGAGGCUGAGCUGGCAGCAAUGCUAGCCGAAGAUGAAGUAUCACUUGCUAAAGAAGUACAGAAGAUUCCCGAAGUUCCCCAAGACAUUCCAUUACCAGAGGUACCCACGGAUGAACCGAUCAAACAAAAAGAGUCCCCGAAAGAAAAAGUACGAGAACCAGUGGCGUUGGAAGCAUGAAGGAUAAUACGAGGUAUAGCAAUUUAAUAAUAAUUGAACUGUUGAAUUGUUCAAAUUUUGUUAUUCUUUUAUUUCUUCUUCUAUUGUCACCAGUGUAUAUAUGUACAGUGCGUUUUUUACAGUAGUUAACUCUAUCAAACGAGUGGCCUAUUAUUAAUGAAUGAACCAAAAAACUAUUAUACCUUAAAAUCCUAAUAAAUAUAUACAACAAUUAGGAACACUUUUAAACUGCUGAAUAUCAUUUACCUAGUGACGAGUGAAUAAUCUGCUGGUUACUUUAUAAAUAUUAUUGAGCCGAAUGAUAAAAAUAAUAAAAAUGAGAACAUUGUAUUACUACUGACGUCGUGCAGUGCUUAAAAGUCUUAUAGAAAGCAAAAAUAUGUUUUACGUGUCUGAUUAUUGUUUGGGGAGAACGGUAAAGCUGUGUAUCAGGUAUAGUUGAGCGUAUUAUGGAUGAUACAUAAACACGAUCAACAAAAUAUUGUGCAAGUAAUUCGACAAUAUUGUGCAGCAAAUUAAUAAAUCUUUUUACAUCACUAUUGCGAACAGAUA